GCUUUUGUUUCCAAACUCAACAUACUCAUACUCCACCUACAUUAUGGAGGCCAUCGCCUGGAACGUACAUACUUCCAGCGAGGAAUUGCUAGUUGAGGUUUGCAAGAAAGCUAGGAAAGAGAAUGGCCACUAUAGUGAUUACGGGCGAGGAUAUGUAAUGGUCAAGAUCUCAGACGGCAUAGCAGUCAAAAUCGGGGGCCUCGUGACAGCGUCAGAGGCUAGAACACAGGAAUUUGCGAACAAGAAUGCUGAUCCUACGAUCGUUCACGUUCCUCGAGUCUAUCGCUUCUUCGAGUGGGAGGGGCAGGGCUACCUAUUCACGGAGUACGUCCAAGGGCCGACGCUCGCACAGAUCUACCUUGAUAUAAGACCCGAUAUCAUUCCCCGCAUGGCCCGGAUUAUCGAGCAUCUUGGCCAAAUACAGGGCCAGGUCCCGGGACCUAUAGGCGGUGGACUUGCACAAGGCCAUAUUUUUGGUGAUGAUGGUGCCGACGUUGAAUUUCCUUCUGUGCCAGGCUUUAACGCAUACCUCAACAAACGCCUCGCGGUAAUGAAAAAGUCAAUAGAUCUCACUGGCCACCCCCUCGUUCUGUGCCAUAUGGAUUUAUGUCGACGGAACGUGAUUCUCAGGGACGAUGACACUAUUUCUCUUGCCAACUGGAACGAUGCAGGGCUUUAUCCAAGGUUCUUCGAGGUUGGAGUUCUCUCUUACCUCAACCCUUGGUACGGACCUUUUGAUAUACCCCUCCAAGAAGAUGCAACAACUUUGCUGGGGUUGACUGAAGAGGAGGAACGUUUGAUGAAAUUGUUAGGGAUUGUCCGUUCUAUCAACUUGCGAGCUCAACUAUGUCAGCCCUAUUUAUUACGAUAGAGCCAUGCUUUGACCCAAAUCAUAGCUGAGUGCCGUGGAUCCUAUUUGGUGGCAAAGGAGUUUCUUGAUAUGAGAAUGAAUAUGUUGACUUUAUUAUUAUCCGGGGUUACUGCUACUUGCCACCGCUUGCCUGCUUUUUAAAUAUUCAUUUAUUAUCUUAUAAAAAGAGCAUAUUUUUAUUAUAAUAUCAGGGAGGAAGAUAUCAGGGAGGAAGAUAUCAGUACUCUUGACGACUAAAAGUCUCGAACAGGGACGGACCGACCAGACAAAGUAAUUAUAAAACCGUAGUUAUAAUAAAGA